CCUAAUGCUAUCUCCGUUUGAUCUAAAACAUCAUCUAGUUAGUACGUUACUCGCUUAGUUUAUCGUCAGUCAGCAAACGAACUUUGAACUUCUAUAGCAGUAUUUAUGACAACCAGUCAAUCAGAGACAACAACCGCGGAAUAGGAAAUUGUAUUUAACAUGUCAAAGAAAGAUGGAUUUCACGUCGUCACGCCGCUUCUGGAAAGCACGGGGAUGUCUAAACGGCUCGGGACCACCGUGUUUCUAAAGAUGGAGAGCUCGCAACCCACUGGGUCUUUCAAAAUCCGCGGCAUAGGAUACAUGUGUCAAAAUGUUGCAAAUUCAACCAAGUCAGCUGGUGUGGUUUGUUCCUCUGGAGGAAACGCUGGCAUGGCCACUGCAUAUGCUGCAAGAAAACUCAGUCUUCCUGCCACGAUUGUUUUACCAUCUGCGACGCCUCAUCUGGUAGUGGAGAAACUUAAGGAUCAGGGAGCUACAGUUAAAGUUGCUGGCAAGGUAUGGGAUGAUGCAAAUGCUGAGGCCCUCCGAUUGGCUAAAAUUGAAGGUCUUACUGUAAUACAUCCAUUCAACCAUCCUCUGGUCUGGAAAGGUCAUUCCAGUAUAGUGCAUGAACUCAAGGCAUCAUUGCCAUCUAAACCUGGAGCUAUAGUGCUGUCUGUGGGUGGUGGAGGUCUGUUUUGUGGGGUGAUGGAGGGGUUGGAUGAAGUGGGUUGGGGAGGUGUUCCUGUCCUCUGCAUGGAGACCGUAGGUGCAGACUGUCUCAAUGUUGCAUCGAAAGCUGGUGACCUAGUUACGCUACCGGACAUUACAAGUCAAGCAACUUGUUUGGGAGCAAAAACAGCUUGCCAACAAGCGUUUGAAUACAGCAAACGGUCCACGGUUAUAUCAGAGGUGGUAACAGAUCUACAAGCCUUGGAAGCAAUAGAAACUUUCAUGGAUGAGGAGCGUGUGUUGGUGGAGUUGGCCUGCGGAGCGGCUCUGGCAGCAGUCUACAGUGGUGUCAUCCAGAGACUACAGGAGGAGGGACGCCUCCCUAAACCGCUGGAUCCGCUGGUGAUGAUCGUGUGCGGAGGUGGAAGUGUAAACCUGGCUCAGCUUCAGCACUUGCAGGCAGUUAUACGGAAAUAAACUCUUUUAUUAUCAGCCAUAUUUAUAGAAACGUCCAUCUGUUAAAGCUAAUAUGUUAACCAUCAACCUUGAAAAUGUGAAAAAGAUCAACCCAGUAACUUAGUUUUGGUAAACCAUUCUUUGCAAGCAUGUGAAAAAAUAGGUCUUUGAAAUUUGUCUCUCCUUGUGAUGUCAGAAGGGGAUAAUACCACCCCUAAAUCUGCAUUAUCCAACCACUGCACUGUCAUUUAGUGCAGAGAUCAGCUCAUUUGCAUUUUAAAGGACACACCCACAAUGGCACAUUUUUGCUCACACCUACAAAGCGGCCAUUUUAACUUUUUAUAUAAAUUAUCUAUAUGGUAUUUUGAGCUAAAACUUUACAUACAUACUCUGGGGACACCAAAGAUUUAUUUGACAUUUAAAAAAAGUCUUGUGAUACGUUUUCUUUAAAUAUUCUGCUGUACUUUAGAUAUUCAAUUUUUAUAAAAAAAACAUCUUGCAGCAGUCUGAAGUUUGUUUUAAGCAAAC